CAAUCAACUAUCCAGGCCUUUCUCUUCAGAGAAUUUUGUGGGGCAGCAAGUCUCUGUUGGGAUGAAGCCUUUCUGCCUCGCAGUCCUUGUCGCCAUCAUCCUUCUAUGUGAGCAGCAUGGCUUUGCCUUUCAGAGUGGCCAGGUUUUAUCUGCUCUUCCUAGAACUUCUAGGCAAGUUCAAGUUCUACAGAACAUUACUGCAACCUACAAGAUUGUUCUCUGGCAGCCAGUAACAGCUGAAUUUAUUAAAAAGAAAAAAGAAGUCCAUUUUUUUGUGAAUGCAUCUGAUGUAAGCCACGUGAAAGCCCAUCUAAAUGACAGCAGAAUUCCAUUCAGCGUCUUGAUGGGAGAUGUGGAAAAUCUUAUUCGGCAGCAGACUUCUAACGACACGGUCAGCCCCCGGGCCUCCUCAUCAUACUACGAAAAAUAUCACUCGCUAAAUGAAAUCUACUCUUGGAUAGAAGUAAUAACUGAGAAGCAUCCUGAUAUGCUUAGAAAAAUUCACAUUGGAUCCUCUUAUGAGAAGCGUCCACUUUAUGUUUUGAAGGUUUCUGGAAAAGAACAGAGAGCAAGGAAUGCCAUUUGGAUUGACUGUGGAAUUCAUGCCAGAGAAUGGAUCUCUCCAGCUUUCUGCUUGUGGUUCAUAGGCUACGUAACCCAAUUCUAUGGGAAAGAGAAGCUAUAUACCAAUAUUCUAAGACACGUGGAUUUUUAUAUCAUGCCAGUGAUAAAUGUGGAUGGCUAUGACUACACAUGGACAAAGAAUCGAAUGUGGAGAAAGAACCUCUCCCUCCAUGAGAAGAACCACUGCAUUGGAACAGACCUGAACAGAAACUUUGCUUCCAAACACUGGUGUGAGGAAGGUGCAUCAAGUUUCUCAUGCUCUGAAACCUACUGUGGACCUUAUCCUGAAUCAGAACCAGAAGUAAAGGCGGUGGCAGAUUUUUUGAGAAAAAAUAUUAACCAUAUUAAAGCUUAUAUCAGCAUGCAUUCAUACUCCCAGCAGAUUAUAUUCCCAUAUUCUUAUAACAGAAGCAAAAGCAAAGAUCAUGAGGAACUGUCUCUAGUGGCUGGUGCAGCAGUUCGUGCUAUUGAGAGUAUUCAUAAAAAUACCAAGUAUACACAUGGCAGUGGCUCAGAGUCUUUAUACCUAGCUCCUGGAGGUGGCGAUGACUGGAUCUAUGAUUUGGGGAUCAAGUAUUCAUUUACAAUUGAACUUCGAGAUACAGGCAGAUAUGGAUUCUUGCUGCCAGAACGUUAUAUCAAACCUACUUGUACAGAAGCUCUUGCAGCAAUCUCUAACAUAGCGUGGCAUGUCAUCAGGAACGCCUAAUGCUCUUGGCUUCUCACUCUGCUUCCUACUUUCACAGAUUCUAGAGACCAAAUCGUACUAGUCUCUAAGAUUGAUCAGUAGUUUUGAUAAAAGUUUUUCCACUCCUUGCUUUUGCCAAAGAACACAAUAUAUAUUGCUUUACAAUUAAAAGGUUCUCGUACAUGUUUGUUUUAUCUUUAAGAGGCUGGUCAGUGAUCUUUUAAUUUCUGAUGCUUCACUAGCUAUCUCAAGCAAUUGUAAUGAACAGAUUUCAUGGAGAUCAUCGGAUCUAACUAACAGAAAGAGAGAUGGUCAGGAAUGCCAUACACUUAGGUUUUCUUGUCGUUUCAAGAAACUUCUGUUCACGCCCCCAAAACCGCAUUUCGCUUGCCCGUCACAGGCGCAGGCCCGGGACGCGGAGCCUCGCAAACCUGCAACAGACCCCGCUUCUCAACCCAAUUCGACCACUCACUAAACACUGUGGGAUGAACGAAAAGAAUGGCGGUAAUUACUUUCAACAACAAACAUGAUACUUCGAGCAUC